AUGAAGUUCGACGUCGAGGUGUUCCGCUACAUCGAGAAGGACGCCUGGCGCGUCCUCGUCUCCGUGGAGAUGGGCAUGAAGAACCACGAGCUCGUCCCGGUGGAGCUCAUCAACGCCAUCUCGGGCCUGAAGCACGGAGGCGCGUUCAAGUUCAUCCGAGACUUGCUCAAGCACAAGCUCGUGCAUCACGACAACAGCAAGUACGACGCCUACCGUCUCACCCCGCUCGGGUACGACUACCUCGCCAUCAAGGCGUUCGUCAACCGCGGCGCCAUCGAGGGCGUCGGGCGGCGCAUCGGCGUCGGGAAGGAGUCCGACGUCUACGAAGUCGUCACCGAGGAUGGGGAGACGCUCGCGCUGAAGCUCCACAGACUCGGUCGAACCUCGUUCCGCGCCGUCAAGAGCAAGCGCGAUUACAUCAAGAAGACGACCACCCACACCAACUGGCUCUACCUCUCGAGGCUCGCCGCGCUAAAGGAGCACGCCUUCAUGAAGGCGCUCGGCGAUAACGGUUUUCCCGUGCCCGUCGCCGUCGACGUCAACAGGCACGCUGUGCUCAUGUCCAUCGUCGACGGGUACCCCCUGACGCAGGUGGGACCGUCCAGGCUCGAGACGGGGGCGGUGGGGCGGGUGUACAAGCAGUGCGUGGAUCAGCUGGAGAACCUCGCGCGGCACGGGCUCGUGCACUGCGACUUUAACGAGUUUAACAUAAUGGUCAACCCGGAGACGACGAACAUCACGGUGAUUGACUUUCCGCAGAUGGUGAGCACCAAGCACCCGAACGCGGAGGAACUGUUCGUCAGGGACCUGAAGUGCCUGCACAAGUUCUUCCUCAGGAGGUUUGACUACAGGGCGAGCGAGGACCCCGACGGUCGGCGGGAUCCGGUGUUCUUCGAGAUCGCCGGCGGGGGCAAAUCACUCGACGUCUCCCUGAGAGCCAGCGGUUUCACGCAGAAGCAGUCGAAGGAACUCGAGGAGUAUCAGGCCGCUAAGGAGGCCGAGGAGAACGGCGGCGGCGGCGGCGGCGACGACGACGACGAAGACGACGACGACGAGGACGAUGAUUCGGAGCUCGACGACGACGACGAC